AUAUACAGAAGAAUCCAUUUUACCGCAUUGCUGUGAUUUAUUAUGUAGUUGCGACCUGCCGUAAGGUGGUAUAUUUCCGGUUGGGCCUCGUGGUAUUGGAGUUCCUGAGGCUGCGCAAUGUUUAAAAAAUUUGAUGAAAAGGAAAAUGUUUCAAACUGCAUCCAGCUGAAAACAUCUGUUAUUAAAGGCAUUAAGAAUCAGUUGGUGGAUCAGUUUCCAGUAAUUGAGCCAUGGUUGAACCAAAUCAUGCCAAAGAAGGACCCUGUAAAAAUAGUAAAAUGCCAUGAACAUAUAGAGAUCCUGACUGUUAAUGGAGAAUUGUUGUUCUUCAGACAGAGGGAGGGACCUUUCUACCCAACCUUACGUUUACUUCACAAAUAUCCCACUAUCUUACCACAUCAACAGGUUGAUAAAGGGGCCAUCAAGUUUGUGCUCAGUGGGGCCAAUAUCAUGUGUCCUGGUCUAACAUCCCCUGGAGCAAAGCUUCACCCAGCUGACACUGAUACUAUAGUUGCUAUAAUGGCAGAAGGCAAGCAACAUGCCCUCUCUGUGGGAGUUAUGAAGAUGCCAGCAGAUAAAAUUGAACAAGUCAACAAAGGUAUUGGAAUUGAGAACAUGCAUUACUUAAAUGAUGGACUUUGGCACAUGAAGACAUACAAAUAAUCUGAAUACCAGCAAUGUGAGAUAUCUGCUGGAAGGGAAAAAUGGACAGACCAAUUGCAAGACAUGUAGACAUUUACAGUAUUGGAUUUUUAGAAUUUUAUUUUUUAUUUUGCUUUGUGUAAACACAACACUUCGAGUGGGGUUACGAAAGCAAUUUUGUGUUCCAUCUGUCCUGGAUUUACCUUUCACUAUUCAAACCUGUCCAAAUUACAAAAUGACUUGUAAUCACAUCAAAAUAUACAGCUAAAAAAACCCCCCAAACAAUUGGCAACAACUGUUGUUAAAUCAAAUAUCACAAUGCAGAUGUCUUUAGCUUGUACAGUGGGUUUGUACAAACAUUGUUGCAUAGUUAAUUUCAAAAUAUGUUCAUUAAAUUAAUACCCAAGAUUA